AGUCCGCUUCCUCUCCUUGGCGAAACCACCUGUUGGCUCCUGAGGAUUCAUCCGUCGAGAGAGCAGUGGGAAGACAGUGUGUGAUAACAAACGAUCCGGAUUAAUAGUGCUUCCUGUAAACGAACUUUCUCCGCCGGCGAAAACGGUCGAGGAGCGCGUGGCUGGAGAACCCUACCUGUUGCUCUUUGCCUUCAGUCCUAGUUUUUGAGAAGAGCUAAGAGCGAAAGAGAGAAAAGAAAACCUUCUCAACCGGCUUACGCUGUUCGACGGUCCAGCUGAUUCCUGGGGAAAUAGGUUACGCGCGUCAACGGCUGGUUGCCUUGCUGGCUGCUCCUUGCUCUCUCCGACCAGUGGUUGCUUGGAUUCACUUUUCUUAACACACUGAAACUUGCCGUGUCCUGCUUCUCUCCUUUGCUUCAACCCUUUCGUUUCUUCUGCACCAAGUUCUCCAAACAGAAACUCCAAACUGGACUAAAUCCUGUUAAACCAUCUUUCUCCAAGGAACUAUUUCACCAAAAUUUGUGAUGCAUAAUCAGUCCUCAGGAAAGUCAAUAGUGAUGAUACCGCUGUUUUUCUUGACUCUAUGGGCUAUCGUACAAGCCCAAGAUAGUCCUGCCUAUCCAGAUGGCUCUAUCAGACUGGUUGGGGGUAGGGAUCCUACCCAAGGCAACGUAGAAGUGUACUAUAGAGGACGAUGGGGGUCUAUCUGUGACGACGAAUGGGACAUUCGAGAAGCUUACAUCGUCUGCAAAAUGCUCGGAUAUAACAGAGCCGUAAGGGCAACUUUCAACUCUCAAUUUGGGCGAGGAAGGGAUCUCAUUUGGAUGGACAACAUGUUCUGCACGGGUCGAGAGUUCAGGUUGGACCGAUGUCGAUUCGACGGCUGGGGUGUUCAUGACUGCAACCAUGCGGAAGCGGCCGGAGUCAUCUGCGACGGACAGCGGGCCAGGGCGAUUAAUCAGUCACCGGCACCCCAAAACACUCCCAACUCUAUACCUCCUUACCCAGUGGAAAAAACUGCAAUAAGGCUUGUGACGGAAAAAGAUCUGUCCAUCAGGCUGGCAGGAGGCAGAACAACAACAGAAGGAAGGGUUGAAGUUCGUAUGCCUCAAGGAUGGGGCCUGCUUUGCGGUGAUGGAUGGGGCAUGUUGGAAGCCAAUGUAGUCUGCAACCAAUUGGGGCUGGGACAUGCUAAAUCUUCAGUACAGAGUGGAACUUACGGAGGCCAGCAUAGCAAUAUGGUGCUAAGUGGCGUCAAGUGCAAGGGUAGUGAACACAACAUAGCUGAUUGCGUACACGAUAGAGUUGGUCGAGUUUUCUGUCCUGGCGAAGACAACAUUGCUGGAGUUGUCUGUUCUGCAACUUUGCCUGACUUAGUCGUUGACGAAAAAGAAAUUGAAAGAACCUCCUACAUCGAUAACAUUGCGAUGUCUAGUUUACAAUGUGCAUUGGAAGAAAAUUGUUUAUCUUCAACUGCAUAUGACAGAUCCAGACCAGGCUGGCAAUUUCUUCAACGCCGAGUACUUCGUUUCACAGCAAGAAUCGGAAACUUUGGGACAACAGACUUCAGACCGUUCUUGCCAAAAACGUCAUGGCAAUGGCAUGCUUGUCAUUUGCAUUACCACAGCAUGGAGGUGUUUGCACACUUUGAUCUCAUUGAUUCACGGGGAAACAAAGUUGCCGAGGGCCAUAAGGCCAGUUUCUGCUUAGAGGACAAUGAAUGUCACACCAACAUUCCCAAAAAGUACGCCUGUGCCAACUACGGAGAUCAAGGCAUAUCCGUAGGAUGCGUCGACACUUACCACCACAACAUCGAUUGCCAGUGGGUGGACAUCACUGACAUUCGUCCAGGAACAUAUUAUUUCAAGGUUUCAGUCAACCCAGAGCUGAAAGUAGCUGAACUCUCCUACGACAACAAUGCUGCAACUUGCAUCGUCCAUUUUGACUACGUCUCUGCUCAAGUAUACAAUUGCACGCUUGGAAGACCUUGAAACUACAUUUUUUCUGGAUAUUGAACGAGCCCUGAUCGAAAGCGGAUAUCAGUGUUAUUGAACAAGGCUGCUUUUCAACAGCUGUGACGUGAACCGGGGCACAAAAUGGACAUCCUACUUGCGACGUGUCGUGUGUGUAUCGCAGUUCUAGAAGAACUGCUUCAGUACAAAGGACAACAAAGCAGUUCUGAACUAACCCUGCUGAUGAACCUUUCAUUUGUGAUCAACAACUUAUGGGUAGCAAUGAACCCUAAAUAAGUGGACAGCAAAGCAGUUCUUAACUUACCCUGCUGAUGAACCCUUCGUGACUCAUUUGUAAUCAGCAGCUUUUGGGUAGCAAUGAACCCUAAAUAAGUGAUAUCUCAUGUGUCAAAAGACGACAGAAGUGUGGAUCGUUUAGUUUUGAACGACACAAAACUCUUCUUGCACGAUUUCCUUAUUUAUGAGCUAGUGGAGUACAUACAGUAUUGAUUGUUUUGAUCAGUACGGUUAUAAUUUAUAAGCAAAAUGUGAUUCAGAUUAUUAUGUCUAGAAUCAAGUGGAUCGUUUGUACCAAUAUAAAUAGAAAAAAACGAUCCAAAAUGGUGUGAUAUUGCGUCCAUAUGUGUGAUCUUUCUUCCUUCUCGUUUUUUAAGUCUUAAAAUAAAGUUGUAGCUCAGAAUCAAACACUUUAACAUCAAAACAUAAAAAAUUGCAGAAUCCUGAGGGUAUUUUUUAUAAAGUGUAAACGUUGCAAUUUUUUAUGUUAGGGAUAUAGUUUAUUGUAAUGGUAUGUCAACGAUAGGGCUCUAUGAUACAAAAAUUUUCAGCAAAUAUUAGUUUUGUCUUGAGUAAUUUAGACCUCAAAGCACUACUCUAGCUAUAUUUGAUCCCGCUCAUAAGAAAAGAAACAGAUUUGUUUUACAUAAUUGCAUUCUUAAAUAGCAAGAACGUUUCUACUAAGUAGAAACGUUACCAAGCAUUACGUUUCUACUAAGUAGAAUUGAAGGCUCAAAAGAAGUUAUAUGGAUGAAGAGAUUUCACGUAAAAUUUCUUUUAAUUUUUCGUGAAGGAUAUGAAAUUCGUCAAUAAAUCAAAAAAAUAGGAAAUUUAAUGUGCAGAAAAAGAGCCUAGAAUUUGUUUCUUAAUUAAUUAAAAGCAGUGCAUUGAAGUUUUAAGUAGUUAAUUAGACAAAGCCCAAUAUUUCUUAUUAUGCAGCUGGGGUAUAAAAUGGAUCGUUUUGAAGUUUGCGUAGUAAAAGCUUAAAAGUGCUAAACGACGUAAAGUUCUUUCAUGUGAUUUUUGUAUUUAUGAGCUUUACAGCUGUCUAACACCGUUUACUUUGGUCAAUAAUGUUGCCUAAACUUUUUAGUGUCUAAAAUUUGAAUAAAAUAUUUUAUUAGAAUAUUUGAACAAAAAAUCUCUUACAUUAAUUUCUUAAAAAAUCAUUUUUAAUUUCACUCACAUUUAAGUAAAAAUGCCAAAAACAAUGAUUAAUGUAAUAUUGCCUGAAUUAACAGCAUGAAAUGCAUAUGAAGGGUACAGGGGGAAAUCCUGAUCCAGACAAAAAAAAGUUAAUUUUAAGAAAUACGUAUCUGAAUUUUGACUGACGUGAAAAUCCCCUAGUACCGCCUAUUUUCAAGCAAAUAUUAAGCUGGCUUGCGGGGUUUCGUACAACCGAUGAUAAACAAUUCGAAAAGUAUACUUCUUUAACCACUAGAAAACAUCAUUAUUCUGUUUUUUUUUUUUUUUUUUUUUUUUUUUUUUUUUUUUUUUUUUUUUUUUUUUUUUUUUUUUUUUUUUUUUUUUAGCAAUCACGCUUGCUUAUUGCUUUCAUUUCACCGUUUUUGGCGUUUGGUUCCUUUUUCAGCUUGGACCAGGGACACCAGCACCAGCGCCCACCGGCCUCUGCAGUCGCGGCUCCGAGCACUGCCUCCUGGAAUUCAUUUCUCCUGGUCGAUGGCGUCCAUGUCCUACACACACGCGCGCUCAGACACACACACACAUACACACACGCCUACGUGCAUACACACAGGUCUACGCACACACACAAGCCUACACAUGCACGCACGCGUGCCUACACAUACACACUCGCCUGCACACACACACAACUAUACACACGUAACCGCCCAGUAGGAGGGGUAGACUUCGGGGUACAGGAGCUGUUUCUAGAAACAUUAGCCCCCAAUGAGUAUGGGCCCUGUCGCAAUUCGUGAUUGCGAAAAACAUAAUUUAAAUUCAAAAUUUCAGAAUUCAAAUUAAUUUUGAAAAUUCAAAAGUUUUUUUUUUUUUUUUUUUUUGAAAAACUGACGGGCGGGCGUUUUCUCCUGUACCCUUCAUAUGUUUCCGAAGCAUAUUAAUGCUGCACGGUGUCUUUCUAGUUAUUAAAAUACAUUUGUUAGUUAUGAAAUGAUAUAGCUAACUAAAUUAUGGAAAUGUAAAGAACAAUACUAUAAGGUGUUUCAAACGAAAUUCUUCUUUAGCACUUAAUGCUAAGGUUGAUCUCACACGACUAGCAAUUGUAUUGAACUUUCAAAGUCUGCAACUAGACAAAAGAAAAGACAGAAGAGAAGAACUAUUGCAGAAUUGACAUAACUCAAGUGUAGUUUUGCUGCCAUUUUUGCCAAAGACAUCGAAUUCUGUGUUCCGUGUGAAUACCACGCUAAAGCUGCUAUUAACCAGAUUCAGUUCAAUAAAGCACAAUGGAAGAUCAUUCUUUUUCCGAAAGAAUAAAAGCUUAAAUUCAAAUUGGCAAAAUAAAAAUGGCGAAGAAUAUUUUGUUUAUUUGCUACUCAGUUGGUAAUCAGCCGACAUAAAGUUUUACUUUAGAUAUGUAUAAUUUGUCUCCAAAUGUUUCAAAACCUGCUGUGCUAUUUUUAAUUUUUACGAAGUUGUUUCUCCUUCAAUAAAAACUUGUUUAGUGCUUCUAACAACUGCUGAAAUUAAAGACAUUUUGAUUUA